AUGGGCGGCCGCUUCCUCUCCCUGCAGAGUCUGGACACGAACCCCGGCGCGGCGCUGACCCUCUGCCAGGUCGAGAUCACGGAGGAAAAGCACCUCCACAGCGGCUAUCGUGCGAGCGCCGCGUACGUCAUCCGCCCCUUCGGCUGCUGCUCCGACCGCGCCGUCACGGCCUACUGCGACAUGGAGACCGACGGCGGAGGCUGGACGCUCGUGCAGCGCCGCCGGGACGUCCUGCCACGGGAAGACUUCCACCGCACGUGGGAGGAGUACGCCGAGGGCUUCGGGGACGCGUCGAACGGCGAGUACUGGCUCGGCCUCGACGCCAUCCACGCCCUCACGGCCCAGGCAGCCACCGAGCUGCGAGUCGACCUGGCAGACUUCGAGGGCGAGAGCAGGUUCGCCAAGUAUAGCAGCUUCUCUGUGGGCGACAGGGACGACUUGUACAGGCUCACAGUGGCAGGCUACUCAGGGACCGCCGGGGACGGCAUGGCAUUCCACAACGGCAUGUCCUUCACCACGAAAGAUAAAGACUUCGACGGACAUGAUGCACAAAAUUGCGCUGAAGUGCACGAUUUGUGUAAGGAAGUAGACCAGGAGACAGAGUUCGUGCCCCAGCGCUCGUCGUGUCAAGGUCGCCCCUUAGCCUCUAGCCUCUCAGGGCUGGAGGACAGAACCACGCGAUCCCGCAUAACCAAAGUUUUAAGGGCCUCUAAAUAG